AUGGAACUGACGAUUAAAACUGAGGCCAGAAAACACAGAAAAGAGAAGAAGAAGAAGAAGAAGAAGAAGAAGAAGAAGAAGAAGAAGAAGAAGAAGAAGAAGAAGAAGAAGAAGAAGAAGAAGAAGAAGAAGAAGAAGAAGAAGAAGAAGAAGAAGAAGAAGAAGAAGAAGAAGAAGAAGAAGAAGAAGGAGAAGGAGAAGGAGAAGGAGAAGAAGGAGAAGGAGAAGGAGAAGGAUCGAGGGGCUGUUUUGAUGAACGUGUGGGAUGAAAAUGACAAAUGCUGAGGAAUGCCUGGAGGAGGGGAUGUCUGCGGCCUGGGACGACCAAGAACCGCUGCACACAUCAGCAAAUCAAAGGCAAAAAACCCAAAAAACAGCCGGGUCCCAGAGCAGGACGUGGAGGAGAGUUGGACUUUAAAGCAGCAGGACACAGCUGCUGGGUGGAGGGUAUCUGAGCUGUGUGGCCCUGCUCAUCCUCCCCCUCAGCCUCCCCCUCAUCC